GGACCCGAAAGCGAGAGAUAUUUGGAGAGAACGUACAAGAAAGCUCCGCAGAAGCCGCCUUUCUCGGUCAACGUGUUCGAGGUGAAUCCGUCGACGAUCAGAGUGACCUGGCGUUACGUGCAACCGAGUUUAGAGGAGGAGGAGUCGUUGAUCGGUUAUAGGAUCAGAGUCUGGGAACUGGACCAAGAUAUGAGCACCGCGAACGACACGA